AUGUCCCCUGACCCCCAGGGACCCCCCCCAAAUUCCCGGAUUGGAGGGGGGAACACUUGGGGCGUCCCCCCUGCAGUUCCGCGCUCCGCCGCCGGGGGAGCUGCCGCGCAGGUCUCGCCGGCUGAUGCAAUCCGGGGGGGCGUGGCCACGCGGGGAGUGGGCGGGCUGACAGCGACACCGCCCAAUGGGCGGUGGCGGCGCGGGGAGGGCGUGGCGGGUGUUGGCACCGCCCCCCCGUCCCCGGUGUGCCGUGAGCGCCGAGGCGGCGGCGCCGCCAUUUUGUGCCCGAAGCCGCCUCAGGAUGGAGCCCAGACCCGACCCGCAGCCGCUCUUCGCCCGCCGAGCCCUCAGACCCGCCGCGCCACCACGGAGCGCCGCCUCGCACACCCCUCCGCACCGCUGGCAGCGCUGAACGGCUCCAUGGAGCACAGCGGACGCGAACGCGCCGGCUGGGCCCGGCUGGGCCUGGCCGCGGCCUGGCCGAAGCUGGCGGGGCCCACCGCGGCCCCCUCGGGCGGCUCGUCCCAGGCGAGCCCACCCUUCUCGUGGCUGAGGGUGCUGUCGCAGCUGCUGUCGCCGCUGCCCGCGCUGCUGCAGCGGCUGCUGCCCGGCCCCGCGCUCAGCACCGCGCUCUGCCCCGCCGAGGCGCCGCCGCCUCUCGUGCUGCUGCCUCAGCCGGAGCCCGCGCCGGGCUGGGCCGAGGAGCCCCCGGAGAAGCCCCCGGCGGGGCUGUGGGGGGCCGGGCUGGUGCGGAGCGCCCUCCCCGUGGACUGGUUCGUUUUGGGCACGGAGCAGGGCAAGAGCCACCUGCCGCAGCCGCUGCGGGCCGAGCCCCUGCCCGAGGCCGAGUUCCUCCGCAGCAAGCGCCUGGCGUUCCUCCAGCGCUGGCACCUGCCCGUGCCCGACCCCGACCACGGCUACCACAGCCUGGAGGAGGAGCAGCAGCACAGGGAUGUUCGCCGGGACCAGCGGGGCGGUGCCGGGCAGCUGGAGCAGCCCGAGGACGCAGGGAGACAGCCCGUGGAGCAGGAGGGGCUCCGGGAUGCGGCUGAGGAGGUGAAAGCGUUGCCCGAAGGGGAUGGUGAGGACUCGGACACAGAGCAAAACCUCCCGGUUUCGACCAGACCUGCGUGUGCGAAUAAAUUAAUUGAUUAUAUCAUCGGCGGAGUUUUCAGCGGGGAGGAGAGUGAGGGUGAGGAGGACUGGGAUGAUGAUGAGGAGGAUGAUGACGAUGAUGGGUUCGACAGCGAAGAGCUUCCCUCGGACUCAGACGCUGGCAGCCAGGACGGGGAGAGGCUUCACCUCUGGAAUUCCUUCUAUAGCUUGGAUCCCUACGACCCUCAAAACUUCACAGCCACCAUUCAGACAUCUUCCAGCGAUCCGGGAAGGGAUAUGUCGGAUGUGGAAGAGGAGGAAGAAGAGGAGGAGGAGGAAGAAGAAGAAGAAGAAGACUCAUGGGCAGAGUCCUCCUCAGGCUCUGCUCAUAGUUCUGAAGAGGAGGACGAGUGGGACUGUGGCAGCGUGGAUGAGGCGGAAAGCUUGAAACUUUGGAACUCGUUCUGCACCUCGGACGAUCCUUAUAACCCUCUAAAUUUCACGGCAGCCUUUCAGACAGAGAAAAAAGGGCCGCCGCGUUCGGUCCCUGCCGAGCACUUCACCGUGUGCCGGGUCCAGCUGGAGAGACACAGCUGUGGGCUCGGUGACCUGGGGCAGCGUGGAAUUCUGUCCGGGGAGAAAGCCGCCAAUUCCAAGCGGAAAAAGGUCACCUUCCUUGAAAAAGUGACUGAGUAUUACAUAAGCAGCGAGGAGGAUCGGAAAGGACCCUGGGAGGAGAUGGCACGAGAUGGCUGCAGGUUCCAGAAACGGAUCCAGGAAACAGAGGAAGCCAUAGGAUAUUGCUUCACCACAGAGCACAGGCAGAGAGUGUUCCACAGGCUCCAGGAAACCUCCUCCCAGGGGGGUGAUCUGUUCUAGCCCCUCACACCACCUGGUAGUUGUGUGACCCUAAAACACCCACAGACACCUAAACGAGACGUGGCAGCUGCACGUGCUGUUCUGGAGUGGGGAGAGAAGUGGGAUUGGAAGUUUCCCAGUUUGGUGUGUUGAGCCAACAAAUAUCCCUGCGUGUCCCACUUUG